AUGGAAGCACCAUCCCCGCCGACAUUGACCCCAGACCUCUGUUUCAACCAGACCGCAUUGAGAGGUCUGACGCCCCCUGCCGAAAGACUUUCAGACCUGGAGCUGAUUCAUCUAGAUUUUCUCCGCAUUUCACGAGCCAUGAUCGAUGACUCGAUUAUACAGAAUCUGAAUGCUCUCAUAACUCCUGCCAACAAGAAAUGGGAUCCUCUUUCCACUGCUGAGCGACAGAUACGGCCCGUCGAAAGGCAGCCCAGCGAUCCUAGAGUAUGCCAAGGCUUCAAAGAACAGGUUCUGUUCCAGUCGUGGCAGACGAGAUCGAACGUUCUGAACUACUGCGCCGGGGUUGCCUUGAAUCCAGAAGACCCAGAUCUGGUUCUGAAGGAGGCAGAAUCGGCUAAAGAAAGAGAGCGGAUCGUAGACGAGAGGCUCGAUCCUUACUCUGGUAGAUUUUUCCCUCGAGAGGCAAGGACCGAAACACUGGCAAGCACGUUACGAAACGAGAGAGCCGUGGAGAGCAUCAUACGAGCUCGUACAUGGGGCUUGGUGGCAGAGAGAUGCGGAAGUACAGGAGAAGACUGGGAAGAAGCAUUGAACCGAUGGCGUGCACAAAAGAAGACGUAA